CACAACGAUUUGCCAUGGAAUAUAAGAAAAUUCUUGAAAAAUCAACUUCGCGAAUUUCGUUUUGGCGAAGACCUUCGCGGUAUCACGCCAUGGUCAACAAGUUCUUGGUCGCACACAGAUCUCAGACGUUUAAAGGAAGGCAUGGUGUCAGCUCAAUUUUGGUCUGCUUAUGCUCCAUGUUCGUCUCAGCAUCUAGACGCUGUACAACUCACGUUAGAGCAAAUAGAUUUAAUUCGACGGUUAGUACUUCUUUAUCCGCAACACAUGUCACUUGUAACGACAGCUGAUGGUAUCGAAGAGAGCCACAGGAAAGGAAAGUUAGCUAGUUUAAUAGGAAUUGAAGGCGGUCAUAGCAUUGGGACGUCAUUGGCCGUUCUUCGGAUGUUUUAUUCUCUUGGUGCAAGAUAUCUCACACUUACUCAUACAUGCAAUACUCCUUGGGCAGAUUGCUGUAAAGUCGAUGAACCCGGUCAAGUCCCUCAUAUCGGUGGAUUGUCACAUUUUGGAACGCUCGUCGUAUCUGAGAUGAAUCGUCUUGGGAUGAUAGUAGACUUGUCGCAUGUAUCCGUACCAACAAUGCUUGAUGCAUUAGCAACAUCGAAAGCGCCGAUUAUAUUUUCUCACUCAUCAGCUCAUGCAAUUUGCAACUCAUCUCGAAAUGUUCCGGAUCAUGUACUAAAGCGCAUUGCUGUGAACGGAGGUCUUGUAAUGGUUGCAUUCUAUCCACAUUUCGUCAGUUGCGGUGAAAAGGCUACACUCAAAGAUGUCGUUGCUCACAUAAAUCACAUCAGAGACGUUGCUGGCAUAGAUCACGUCGGCUUAGGCGCAGGCUUUGAUGGAAUAAAUAUCGUUCCGCAAGGACUUGAAGAUGUGUCGAAAUAUCCUUACUUGUUUGCUGAACUGCUGGCAGAUUCAGAUCGGUGGUCGGAGGAUGAUAUCGCCAAGCUGGCUGGUAAAAAUCUGAUACGAGUUUUCCGACAAGUUGAACAAGUGAGGGAUCACCUCGAAGCUCAAGGGAUGCUUCCAAUUGAUCAGGCAAUUCCACCCGAAGAUAUUUUAGGACGCUCGUAUUGCCGAUAUUCCGGACCAAGAACGUGAUGAAUACAAGUGAAAGUUUUCCUCGUUUAAAACUUGUAAUUUUAAUUAAAUUUCGCAGCCGCUGCCGACGUCGUGCCGGCGAUACGAAUAAAAACAAUGAAAUUUUAGGUAAUUUCGUGAUGGAAUGAAAUAAACUUUUCCAUCGCUUUCCCUUUUUUCUCAUCGAAUACAAAUCAACAUGGUUCGUAGAAAGUUGGAAGUGAUUGUAGAAAAGCCGUUUUUUGUCGCAGCAAUUUGUUAUUUUGUUUAUUUUUGUUUCUUUUGUUCAAUUCUUUGAGUGAGAAAUUAGUUAAUCAGGAGAAGAAGCUAAGCGUACGUGAAAUGAAUUGUUUACUUUGUACCAACUUUUCUAGUCUGUUAACUUAACAAACAAAAUAAAGUUUAGUCCAGGAUCUCACAAAAUAAGCUGCUCGGAGUACCAUAGCGCAUUCCAUCCGCAGUUUCAUUAAUCAUCACUAAAAUAUGAUGAAGAAUUUCUUUUUAUUUACUUUAAAAUGAUUGUUAAAUUAAUAGACGAAGGAAAAUGAAUAAAGUUAUCAGAAAAUCUGAAUAACAAAUGAAGGAGAACAAUUUUUUUGACCAAUCUAUGUAAAUAAACAAUAUUUAAAAGCUCUAUAAAAAUUAAAUCACUACUAGGACUGAAAACGCGCUAUAAAAAAACGUAAAUUCAUGAAAGUCAAAUCUGUAUUAAAUAUCAUGUAGAUAUUUUGUUUAUGUUGAGGGCGGGAACAUCAGGGGACAAAAAAAUAAAUUAACAUUAUCAUAUAUGGAAUGUUUGCGAUGAAAAUGACACGCGAAAAAUGAAAUUUUAAUUUUAAAAAUUGAUAUAAAUGAUGAUGAGAAGAAAUUUAAGAAAUUUUAUGGCAAUGAAAUUAAUAACUGGUUUGACGACUAUUUAGUAAAAGGAAAACUAACAGCGGGAGCUUUUUGUGUGCGUGGAAAUAUUUUCCACAUUUAAAGUUUUAUAGUAUAGCAUAAAAAAUGUUUCUCGUUAACGUGCAAGUUGCAAAUGGCGAUAAAAUUUGAAAGUUGAUUAUUUGCCACAAGUAUAAGCCAUUGGUAACGUCCAUGAUAAAAAUUCUUUCGCUUUGUUCUUCCUUUUUUCUCUCUUUUUUUGCAAGUUUAAAAUAAAUAAAUGUAAUGAAAAGCAAAUAUUAGUUAUAAUAUUUGGAAAAACUCCAUACAAUUCAGUUUUGCUGAAUAAGAAACAGAAAAAAAACAUCACAAGUGUUUUAUUGGAUUUUCUUCCUUAAACAAAUAUUAUCUCAGAACUGGUUGUUUCGCAUUUUUUAACAUCCCUCAAAGAGCGCUUAAAGUUUUAUUCUUUUUUUUAUGGAACCGAAUGAAUAAAAAUAUAGAGUAGAAACUCGUCAAACUUUAUUGUGAUAUAAUAAAAACUAUUGCAAUGGCGUAUGAAAUUACAUUUCAAAACAGUCUAAUCGAUUCGAAGCUUUUUCAUUUCUUCUUUAAGAAAAUCAUCCCCAUAACGAGACAUAUCAUGCAAAAAAAUUGAAUUCUUUCCACUGCAUUCCAUUAUAGAAAUCUACAUUAUUUUAUGCUUCAUAAAUAUAAUAAUGAAAUAGUUUUGCGAGCAUUUAACGUCACUCUUUAGUUUAAUUUUUAAUAAACUAAAAAAAUUACUUUUUUUUUUACUUUUAUUAUAACUUUCAAUUCGAGAAACUUGUACAAACCAAGGAAAAACCAAUUAUAAAUGGAAAUGUAUAAAAUAUGAAAUUAAAAAUGAGAUAACGAAUAAAAGAAAGUGAAUUUAUCAAACUAAAUAA